CUAUUGAAUUUUUCAGGUGGACUACUUUUUAGGGGCCAUUUCCUCUUAAUCGCGAACUUCCUGUUGAUUUCAUCGGAAAUCCAGCUUCAUCGAGGAAUUUAGAGCAUCAAAAUGGGUGAACGGGAAGAAUUAGUAUACAAAAGUAAAUUGGCUGAACAGGCCGAGAGAUAUGAAGAUAUGGUAAAGUUUAUGAAGACGGUGGCAUAUAUGGAUCCACUUAUGUCGAUAGAAGAACGUAACUUGUUCUCGGUUGCCUACAAAAAUGUUAUUGGAGCUAAAAGAGCAUCAUGGAGAAUAUUACAAGGAAAUGAAGGAAGUGAUAAAAAUGAUAAAAAUGAAAAAAAUGAAAAAGUCCAGGAAAAGAAAUGCAAAGCGAUUUACCAAAAUAAGGUUGAGGGGGAACUGAAACAUAUCUGCCAUGAAGUGUUAGAUAUUUUAACAACAAUCUUGGGAAAGGAAGAUUCUAAUGCUUCAGAAUCCAAAGUGUUCUACUAUAAAAUGAAAGGAGAUUACUACAGAUAUUUGGCGGAGAUCACAACAGAUAAAGAACGAGAGAAAGUUGUGCAAGAAGCUCAAGAGUCCUACCAGGAAUCCACCAUUAUUAGUAAUACGUUAUGCUCGACCCAUCCAAUCAGAUUAGGGCUAGCACUCAAUUUCUCCGUUUUCUACUACGAGAUACUCGACGAGCAAGAGAAAGCCUGUGAGGUUGCCAAAAAAGCCUUUGAUGGGGCUAUCAAAGAACUGGAUACCCUCCAGGAGGAAAAUUUUAAAGAUUCUACCCUGAUCAUGCAACUGCUUAGGGACAAUCUCACUCUGUGGACAUCAGAUGCCAAAAUGGAUGAUGAUGAUGGUGAAGGAUUGCAGCAGCAAGAACAAGUAGAAGUAGAAGACAUUGAAUAAGAAGAAUGAUUGCCUGCAAAACUAUGAUAAAGUUUAUCAUGGGACCACCUAUCAUCAUCUCCAUUCUCGUGAUAGAACAGUAUCUGCCUGGCAAACAACAGUUUUAGAUAUACUGGAAUCACAGAUCUGUAAUCGUGCUUUGUUUCCUUGUCUUUGAAAAAAAUAAAGUCAACAUUGCUUUUUUUUUUUUUAUAUAUAUAUAUAUAUAUAUACUGAUUCUCCUUUUUUUAUAAAAAAGAAUGAAACAAAAACUUCAUAAACAUGCUAUAUAUUUGAAAUUUUGCCAAGCAAUAUGAGAGUUUGUUAUUUUUUAGACAUUUUGAUUGAUGCUAUAUCUGGGUGUUUUUUUGUUUGAAUACAAUUGAAAAUGUGAUUGGCCUUUUUCUUCACCAUUUCCAAAGAGACUUAUUAUUUUGUUGUAAUGCAAAGAUGUUUAAAGUAAAAUGCUGGUGUAAUAUCUUCAUCUUUAUGAGGCUGAGUAAUGGAGACAUGUCUCAAAUGAAUUUCUGUGGAAAAUUUCUCUCAAAAGGUGCAAAUACAAGAAAAACUGAUCUGAUAAUUGACAAGACAUAUUGUGAUAAUGUGUAUACAUUUAUUAUUGGUUUUUUUUCAAUAAUAAAAAAAGUAAUUCGGCUCUAAAUGGAUUACUUUGAAGUAACUGGUAGUGUGUAAGGCGAUCAUUUAUGACAUGACAAAUGAUUCUUGAAAAAAGUAAGAUUUAUAUGUAAGAAAUAUUUAUAUAAAACUUUUUUUAAUCUAAGUUGGUUGUUCUGUUAAUUAAUUGUUGUGAGUCAGUAUUUGUAGGUUUCAGUUUCAAAAUGUUUAUAGAAUAUGUUUUAAAACUCUGUUUUGUUAAUGAUGAAUGUAUUUACAUAAAUAAUGUCUAUAGAAAAAUAUAAAUAACAUCAAUUUGAUCUAACCCAACACUAAUACAGAAUUUCAUAGUCCAUUCUAAACUCUUUGAUUCACAUAUUUAACUGAAAGCCACUACAAUCUGGCAAGUAGCUACUGGUUGCAAUUUAGUACAAGUUAAUGGCCACAGUUUGGUACAGGUAACUUGCCACAAUGAAGUACAGGUUACUGACCACAAUUUGGUACAGGUAACUGGCCACAAUGAAGUACAGGUUACUGGCCACAAUUUAGUACAAGUUACUGGCCACAGUUUGGUACAGGUAACUGGCAACAAUGAAGUACAUGUUACUGGUCACAAUUUGGUACAGGUUACUGGUCACAAUUUGGUACAGGUAACUGGCCACAAUGAAGUACAGGUUACUGGCCACAAUGAAGUACAGGUAACUUGCCACAAUUUGGUACAGGUUACUAGCCACAAAUUUGGUACAGGUUACUGGCCACAAUGAAGUACAGGUAACUUGCCACAAUUUGGUACAGGUUACUAGCCACAAAUUUGGUACAGGUUACUGGCCACAAUUUGGUACAGGUUACUAGCCACAAUUUGGUACAGGUUACUGGCCACAAUGAAGUACAUGUUACUGGCCACAAUUUGGUACAGGUUACUGGCCACAAUUUGGUACAGGUUACUGGCCACAAUUUGGUACUGGUUACUGGCCACAAUGAAGUACAGGUUACUGGCCACAAUUUGGUACUGGUUACUAGCCACAAUUUGGUACCGGUUACUGGCCUCAAUGAAGUACAGGUUACUGGCCACAAUGAAGUACAGGUUACUAGCCACAAUUUGGUACUGGUUACUAGCCACAAUGAAGUACAGGUUACUGGCCACAAUUUGGUACAGGUUACUGGCCACAAUUUAAUACAGGUUACUAGCCACAAUUUGGUACUGGUUACUGGCCACAAUGAAGUACAGGUUACUAGCCACAAUUUGGUACUGGUUACUAGCCACAAUUUGGUACUGGUUAUUAGCCACAAUGAAGUAUAGGUUAAUGGCCACAAUUUGGUACUGUACUGGUUACUAGCAACAAUUCGGUACUGGUUACUAGCCACAAUUUGGUACUGGUUACUGGCCUCAAUGAAGUACAGGUAACUGGCCUCAAUGAAGUACAGGUUACUGGCCACAAUGAAGUACAGGUUACUAGCCACAAUGAAGUACAGGUUACUGGCCACAAUUUUGUACUGGUUACUAGCCACAAUUUGGUACUGGUUACUGGCCUCAAUGAAGUACAGGUUACUAGCCACAAUUUGGUACUGGUUACUAGCCACAAUGAAGUACAGGUUACUGGCCACAAUUUGGUACUGGUUACUAGCCACAAUGAAGUACAGGUUACUGGCCACAAUUUGGUACAGGUUACUGGCCACAAUUUAAUACAGGUUACUAGCCACAAUUUGGUACUGGUUACUGGCCACAAUGAAGUACAGGUUAAUGGCCACAGUUUGGUACUGGUUACUAGCCACAAUUUGGUACUGGUUACUGGCCUCGAUGAAGUACAGGUAACUGGCCUCAAUGAAGUACAGGUAACUGGCCACAAUGAAGUACAGGUUACUGGCCACAAUUUAAUACAGGUUACUGGCCACAAUGAAGUACAGGUUACUGGCCUCAAUGAAGUGCAUGUUACUGGCCACAAUGAAGUACAGGUAACUGGCCACAAUGAAGUACAGGUAACUGGCCAUAAUUAGUACAGGCUACUGCUUUCAAUUAGGUACAAGUUUAUUGUUUGUUGGGGUUUUGAUCCCUUGAGAAGCGAAAAAUUGAAUAUUCAACAUAUUGCCUCAACACUAAGGCAGAAAAUGUCACAAUCUCCAAACAUUGCCAGACCUCCAAAAUUGAAAAUAUUUAAAAGUGUUAGAAAAUUUGCUUUGAUAUGUUUGAACUUUUAUACCAGAAAAGAAAUAAGAUACAAUGUAUCUUUUUGAUGCAACUACACCUCCCCCCACCCCCACCCCCACCCCCACCCCCACUGAAUUUCAAACAAAAAGCAUGACAUACACAAUGUAUUUAAGUAAACACUGUUGAGUGUUACACAACUUUUUCCAUUAUUGUAUGACUGAAUCAUGUUAUUGUUGUUGUAUUCUUGUUGUUCUGUUCUGAUAUUUACAUAUACUUUUAUUCUAAAAGUCUGAUAGAUCCAGUAGAAAAUCUAGGUAUUUACUUAAAGAGAAAGGGAUGCUUGAUACCUAUUUUUCAUGAUGGCCUAAUUGCAAUGGGCCUGAUGAUAAGUUUAUCAGUAAGAAGACAACAAAUAUCAAACAAACAAAAUAUGUUUCAGAAUUUAGAUUUAUUACAAGUAGCCUUAGUAAGUUUGAAGAGUAAGAAAGUUUUCUAAUUCUAGAGAUGAUUUAAAACAUUUUGACUUUGGUUUGAAUUUUUAUGGUUAAUCUUGUUCAAUGCCAGGAUAAGGAAUCAGGAAAAUCCAAUUUAUUUCUUGCUGUGAAAUAUUUUGUAUCUUAUUAAAAUUAUGCUAAAUAGUCAUGAAUGGUUUUGAAUAUUAUUUUUUAUUCUAGGAUUCUAUGAAUGAUAUUCUUUUGUCACCAAUAAACAAAAAAAUGAAAAAUUGAUUGUGCUACAGAUACAGAAAGAAUUCAUCAGAAUAUUGCAGACCCUGUUGCUGUGUGUUAACUCAAACAACAUAGGAAAUAUAAAGAUAGUGACAUCAUAAUUUUUUAUUAUUUUUUUUUCUUUACUUUAUUUGGUUACUUUAGAACACAAAUUUAUUUCCAUAAGGAAAAUACUUUCAAUUGCUAUUUUCAUAGCACAUCAUACUCUUUGUGUAGAUCACAGAUUUGCUUUUUGUAUACCUGCAUAAAAUUCUCCCAUCCUUCUCCAAGUUGAAGACAUUUCUCUUAUGUUUGGAUUUUUUAUUUUUUUUGUUUUUCGUUUUUGUUCAAUACAAAAUGCAGAAAAAAAUCUUUGAAAUAACAUUAAUACAAAUCAGCAAUCACAAAAUUUCCUUCAAGAAAGCCACUUAGCUAGAGUAAUAUAUAAGAUUAAGAUGGAGAUUUUCAAACAUUGAUAUAGGUCAAUUUAAAAUUAUUUCAUAAGUUUAUCAGACUGUUAAAUCUUUUUAUCAGAAAGAAGUUUUAGGAAGGCAUGUUAACUUUAUAGACAUAGACACAUGCAUUUAUGAUAUAAAGAAGAAAACAUGCAAAUUUUGCAGUUUGGAAUUUUUUUUUUUUUUUUUUUUUUGCCUCGUUUUUAAAGGGUUGCUAAAAAUCACAAAAAUCAGAUGCGCACAAUAAAUUCUUGAUACAUGAUGUUUUGAUUGUUCAUCAAUACAUGUAUCACUAGGGAAAUCAUCAUCGAAUGAAUACAAACAUUCUAAAACCUAAAGUCGUUUCUGGUAUUUGGUCCAAAAACAGUAAUAUAAAAACCUUUUAAUUCUUUUAUUGUUUUUGUUUAAAUAACUGAUAUGUUUUGACAUGAACAAUGCUUUGGUAACAGAAAACCUUUACAUGUAAGGCUGAUGACAAUAAAAAUGUGGUCGGUAUUAUUCUAGAUUUGGUAUUUCUUUUGAAGGAAUAAACAAAUAACUGAGAUGAUUUUGCUGUCAUUGUAAUUGGAACGAUUUAUCAAGUGUGCUUUUGUUUACCCUUUCCUCUAUCUAUAAAGGAUAAAUAUCAUCAGUUUUUUAAUAUAAGAUUUUCGCACAUACAUACAUGAACUAAUUAUCUUUCCAUAUUUAAAAUGAAUUAUUUUCUGUGAAUUGACUAUACUAGCUAGACUGUCCGAGGUCUGUACUGCUUUGGAUAUUAAACAUCUUACAAAAUUAA